UUGUUGUUUUUGUUGUUUAUUGACGUAACAGACAAGCAGAAAGCAGACGUGCUCUGCUAGGCGAGACAAGCCUAUUUUCUGUACGAAACUCAACAGAAAUUAUGGCAAUGCAAAAUUUACUUAUUGAAGAUAUGACGGUUUCUCCGCUGAAAGAAUCCAUGUUUGUGAGACCACUUAGUUUAGAAUUCAAAAUGAAUGGCAGACGAAGAAAGUGGGACAUGAUUAAAGUACACGACAGUGUGGUAAUUGUCAUCUUUAACGUAACUAGACAAGUUUUAGUUUUUGUGAAGCAAUUCCGUCCUGCCAUUUACUUUUCCUCUGUGCCUGAUCAAGAUAAACAAAAUGGCAAAAUUGACGUAUCAAAGUACCCUCCAUCAUUGGGUAUAACUCUUGAAUUUUGUGCUGGCAUUGUUGAUAAAAGCAAGUCACUAGCUGAAACUGCCAAGGAGGAAGUCCUUGAGGAAUGUGGAUACGAUGUUCCUGUUGAAAAUCUUCACAAAUUCAAGACUGCAAGGGCUGGAGUGUCUACAGAGGGAACUCACCAAACAUUCUUUUAUGUUGAAGUUACUGAUUCUAUGAAAGUUAACCAGGGAGGAGGAUUAGUAGAUGAAGGAGAAGUAAUAGAGGUGGUAGAGAUGUCAAUACCUGAAGUACAAGCGUAUGCUGAAGAUACUGAUAAUAUGAGUCCACCAGGGUUCUUAUUUGGGCUUCUCUGGUUUUUGAAGAAUAAAUUACCAAAAUGCUAACUUAUUAAGGGCUCACGUCAAUUCUUCAAGGAAUUUUGCUUCACCUGUGAAGUGCAUGAAACUUCAUGAAUGCUUCAAUGUAGGCAGACAGGUAAAAAUGGGUAAAAUGGGUAAUAAAUUUGAUUUAACUUUUAAUAAAGAAAUCUCAACAUUGUUAUAAAUCUAAAA